GUGAUCUGACGGGUUCAUCGACCAACAGGCGUAUAUUAGUGAAAUCUUCUAUAUUCCUAAUGGCCGAGCCCGAAAGUCUGUUGACAGAGUGGUCUUAACGAAGGUGACCGGCCCUCUCUUAGCUGGCCACGGUUUCUCUUCCUUCUCUCUCACCUCAAUUCUUUCACAUUCUAGGCUUCAUUUUGUACUGCUUUUAUGCCUGUUUCCUUUUAGUGUGGAAUCCAUCCGGAAUUUCAUCGAAUUCGAGUCUGUCGGCAGUGAUUGAAAGCUAUCGGUUGGAAGAAGAUUUAGAAGAAAAAAGGAAUUGGAGAAACAUUAAAUGAUGAUCCUAUGUGUUUGAUUUGGCUUAGGUUAGGAGGAGAAAUUCAUAGCAAUUUGUUGCUUAUUUGUAAUGAAAUCUUGUAAAAAACCCUAAAGAUUUCGCCUUUGUUAUAAUAUAGGGGUCAAGUUUUGGAGGAAAUUCAUCAUUCUUGUGCUUGUCGAUUUAAACUUUGUGGAUCCGUUUGUUUUUUCAUAUUGAAUUUUGGGAGAAUUUGCAGAGAAAUUUGUCCUGGUAAGUAAAAUUUAGAGGCAUCUCGUUCUCUACUUUCAGCGCUCCGAAGAAUUCAAGGUACUUUCUGAAGUUUCUAGGGUUUAUCGGCUCAUCGAUGAAAGAUUUGAGUUGUUUAGAGAGGUUUCAAUAUCCGGAGUAUCAGUAAGUGAUCAAAGUUGGAGGAAUUCACCUAGUUGGGAAGCACUGGGGGCGAAUCAGUCUCAUCAAAGCCCGGCAGCGGCUCAGACGGGCUUGGGAUUGUGGUUCCUUUUCCGUCCUAAUGCUCGUCGGACUCAUUCCCUUGAAUUCCUUUCGCAGAUGGAUUUUGUAAGCCGGCAUGCUGCAUCUGCUUCUGACCACCAGCCCUCUUCAAGUGACUCUUCUUCGGCUCCCCCUGCAGCCGAAGAACUUGAGUACUUGGCGAGGUAUAUGGUGGUGAAACACUCAUGGCGUGGGCGGUAUAAACGAAUUUUGUGUAUCUCUAAUAUUGCAAUAAUCACCUUGGAUCCAUCAACGCUCUCCGUUACCAAUUCAUAUGAUGUCGCCAGCGACUAUGAAGGUGCAGCUCCAAUCUUAGGACGGGAUGAAAAUGCGCAAGAGUUCACAAUCAGUGUCCGCACUGAUGGUCGUGGAAAAUUCAAGGCUAUUAAGUUCUCUUCAAAGUUUAGAGCAAGUAUAUUGACUGAAUUGUACAGAAUUAGAUGGAGCAAAAUUGGUGCUGUUGCAGAAUUCCCGGUGCUUCAUCUUCGCCGAAAGACUUCAGAGUGGGUUCCUUUUAAACUAAAAGUUACUGCUGUUGGAGUUGAGCUUCUUGAAGUGCAAUCUGGAGACCUUCGAUGGUGCCUGGAUUUCAGAGACAUGGAUUCCCCUGCCAUUUUUAUUCUGUCUGAUGCUUAUGGGAAGAAAAGUGUUGAACACGGAGGUUUUGUUCUUUGCCCUCUCUAUGGAAGAAAAUCCAAAGCAUUUCAAGCUGCAUCAGGAACCACAAACACUGCCAUCAUAUCAAGUUUGACCAAAACUGCAAAAUCCACGGUUGGUUUGUCAUUAUCCAUGGACAGUUCUCAAUCACUCACUGCGGUAGACUAUAUUAAAAAACGAGCCAAAGAAGCAGUUGGGGCUGAAGAAACUCCAUGUGGAGGAUGGUCUGUGACAAGGUUGCGGUCUUCCGCUCAUGGAACUGCACAUGUUUUAGGGUUGAGUUUGGGUAUUGGGCCUAAAGGUGGACUCGGGGAGCAAGGUGAUGCUGUAUCCCGCCAACUCAUUCUUACAAAGGCUUCACUUGUUGAAAGGCGACCAGAGAACUAUGAGGCUGUCAUUGUUCGCCCAUUAUCGGCAGUAAGCUCCCUUGUUCGAUUUGCUGAGGAGCCACAGAUGUUUGCAAUUGAAUUCAAUGAUGGCUGUCCUAUUCAUGUUUAUGCCAGCACUUCUCGUGAUAGUUUACUUGCUGCAGUUCGGGAUGUUUUGCAAACAGAAGGUCAAUGCCCAGUCCCUGUGCUGCCAAGAUUGACCAUGCCUGGUCAUCGCAUUGAUCCUCCUUGUGGAAGAGUCUAUUUGCAGCUUCAACAAAUUCCUAUUGGGCUUCAACGGUCUUUUGCUGAUACGGAAACUGCAUCCAUGCAUCUGAAACAUCUAGCUGCUGCAGCCAAAGAUGCUGUUGCUGAAGGCGGUUCUAUUCCUGGGUCAAGAGCUAAGCUAUGGCGUAGAAUAAGAGAAUUCAAUGCAUGUAUUCCAUAUAGUGGAGUGCCUCCUAACAUAGAAGUACCAGAAGUGACUUUGAUGGCCCUAAUCACAAUGCUUCCAGCAACACCAAAUCUCCCUCCAGAGUCACCUCCUCCGCCAGCACCUUCACCUAAGGCAGCUGCAACAAUUAUAGGUUUCAUUGCAUGUUUACGCCGAUUAUUGUCAUCAAGAAGUGCAGCUUCACAUGUCAUGUCAUUUCCUGCUGCAGUUGGGAGAAUAAUGGGUCUACUGAGAAAUGGUUCAGAGGGUGUUGCAGCUGAAGCUGCAGGACUUGCGGCUGUACUUAUUGGUGGUGGUCCUGGGGAUACAAAUAUGUUGGACUCAAAAGGAGAGACACAUGCUACUUUCAUGCACACCAAGUCUGUACUGUUUGCACACCAAAAUUAUGUCACGAUUCUUGUCAACCGAUUGAAGCCUAUGUCAGUAUCACCUUUACUGUCAAUGUCUGUUGUGGAGGUUCUUGAGGCUAUGCUUUGUGAACCUCAUGGCGAAACUACACAAUAUACAACUUUUGUUGAAUUAUUGCGCCAAGUGGCUGGUUUGCGGCGUCGCUUGUUUGCAUUAUUUGGACAUCCUGCUGAAAGUGUAAGAGAAACUGUAGCUGUGAUUAUGCGUACAAUUGCAGAAGAAGAUGCAAUUGCAGCAGAGUCCAUGCGUGAUGCAGCAUUGCGUGAUGGUGCCCUGUUGAGGCACUUGCUGCAUGCUUUUUUUCUUCCUCCUGGGGAGCGUCGUGAAGUUAGUCGCCAGCUUGUAGCACUUUGGGCAGAUUCAUAUCAACCUGCUCUUGAUUUAUUAUCAAGGGUUCUUCCUCCUGGGCUUGUUGCUUAUUUACACACUCGGAUUGAUGGGGUUUUAUCUGAAGACGCACAAGGCCUUCUCAAUCAAGAAGCACCUUUGACUAGAAGAAGACAGAGGCGUAUACUUCAGCAGAGGAAAGGUCGGAUGGUGCGUAGUGUAACAUCUCAGGAGCAUGCUGUAGCUUAUGCUAAUAAUGUUGAAGUUGCUGACUCUCCCAAGCAGAUGGGUGUUAGUGCUUUUAGAGCACAAGACAACUACCAAACAUCUCAAGAUUUAAAUUCAGGACAGGUUCCACCUUUUCAUUCCUCUGUUGUGGGAGGAAAUUUGCCAAGUGAAUCUUCUGCUAUUGGCAUUCCACAAAAUAACCAUGCUUCCACAGAUGCGUCACUAACUAAUUUUUCUCAGGCACUGGAUUCAAAUGUUUCAGAUUCAGUUGACCCUGAUGGCAAUAUGGUUGGCUCCCUAAACACAUGCCUCCCUGCUCCUGCUCAAGUUGUUGUGGAGAAUACGCCAGUGGGAUCCGGCAGGCUGCUUUGUAAUUGGCCUGAAUUUUGGCGAGCUUUUAGUCUAGAUCACAAUCGUGCUGAUUUGAUAUGGAAUGAGCGUACCAGGCAAGAACUGAGAGAGGCUUUGCAAGCAGAGGUUCAUAAAUUAGAUGUUGAGAAGGAACGUACUGAAGAUAUUGUUCCUGGGGUUGCAGCAACUGAAGCUUUAACAGGCCAAGAAAGUGUGCCUCAGAUAUCAUGGAACUACACUGAAUUUUGUGUUAGCUAUCCUAGUUUAUCCAAAGAAGUUUGUGUGGGUCAGUAUUAUCUGCGUCUUCUGCUUGAGAGUGGAAGUAGUGGGAAGGCACAGGAUUUUCCCCUACGUGAUCCAGUUGCUUUCUUUAGAGCACUCUAUCAUCGCUUUUUAUGUGAUGCAGAUACAGGACUUACAGUUGAUGGUGCUAUUCCUGAUGAAUUAGGCGCAUCUGAUGAUUGGUGUGAUAUGGGAAGAUUAGAUGGUUUUGGAGGAGGUGGAGGCUCUUCAGUUAGAGAGCUCUGUGCAAGGGCAAUGACAAUUGUAUAUGAGCAACAUUAUAAAACUAUAGGCCCUUUUGAUGGUACUGCUCACAUAACAGUUUUAUUGGAUAGGACUAAUGAUCGAGCUUUGAGGCAUCGUUUGUUACUUCUUCUAAAGGUGUUAAUGAAGGUUUUGUCAAAUGUAGAAGCUUGUGUCUUAGUCGGUGGGUGUGUAUUAGCUGUAGAUCUUCUGACAGUUUCUCAUGAAGCUUCGGAGAGGACCUCUAUUCCUUUGCAAUCGAAUUUGCUAGCUGCAACUGCUUUCAUGGAACCACUCAAGGAAUGGAUGUUCAUUGACAAGGAUGGUGAACAAGUUGGCCCAGUGGAGAAGGAUGCUAUCAGAAGGUUUUGGUCAAAGAAGACUAUUGACUGGACAACCAAGUGCUGGGCUUCUGGGAUGAUUGAGUGGAAGAGAUUGCGUGAUAUUCGUGAACUCCGUUGGGCACUGGCCAUUCGUGUUCCUGUUCUCACUUCAAAUCAGGUAGGGGAAGCUGCAUUGUCCAUAUUACAUAGCAUGGUAUCUGCACAUUCUGAUCUAGAUGACGCUGGAGAAAUUGUAACCCCAACACCAAGAGUAAAAAGGAUUUUGUCAAGUCUGCGUUGCCUUCCACAUGUUGCACAGGUUAUUCUUACUGGGGAACCAAGUAUUGUUGAGGGUGCUGCUGCUUUGCUGAAGGCCAUUGUUACAAGGAACCCAAAGGCUAUGGUGCGACUAUAUAGCACAGGUGCAUUUUAUUUUGCUCUGGCCUAUCCUGGAUCUAAUCUCCUUUCAAUUGCACAACUCUUCUCUGUGACCCAUGUCCAUCAAGCAUUCCAUGGUGGUGAAGAGGCAGCAGUUUCCUCCUCACUACCUUUGGCAAAGCGUAGUGUGUUGGGUGGGCUUCUCCCUGAAUCAUUGUUGUAUGUGCUGGAGCGCAGUGGUCCAGCAGCAUUUGCAGCAGCAAUGGUUUCUGAUUCUGAUACUCCAGAGAUUAUCUGGACACACAAAAUGCGUGCAGAACAUCUAAUUCGUCAGGUUUUGCAGCAUCUUGGUGAUUUUCCGCAGAAAUUGUCACAGCACUGCCAUUCUUUAUAUGAUUAUGCUCCUAUGCCACCGGUGACAUAUCCAGAGUUAAGAGAUGAAAUGUGGUGCCACCGAUAUUACCUUAGAAACUUGUGUGAUGAGAUUAGAUUUCCAAAUUGGCCAAUUGUUGAACAUGUAGAAUUUUUACAGUCCUUGUUGGUAAUGUGGCGUGAAGAGUUGACACGACGACCCAUGGAUCUUUCUGAAGAUGAGGCUUGCAAAAUACUAGAGAUAUCCCUGGAAGAUGUGUCUGGUGGGGAUGCAGAUAGAAGACAGUCUGCUGGGACAGAAGAGGUGAUCUCUAACGCAUCCAAGAAGAUUGAGAACAUUGAUGAAGAAAAACUUAAGCGACAAUACAGGAAACUUGCAAUGAAGUACCAUCCUGACAAAAAUCCUGAAGGGAGGGAGAAGUUUCUUGCUGUACAGAAGGCUUAUGAGCGUUUGCAGGCUAGCAUGCAAGGAUUGCAAGGUCCACAACUUUGGAGGCUAUUGCUUUUACUGAAAGGACAAUGCAUAUUGUAUAGGCGGUAUGGAGAUGUGUUGGAACCCUUCAAAUAUGCUGGUUAUCCAAUGUUGCUCAAUGCUGUAACUGUGGAUCAGGAUGACAACAAUUUUCUCUCCUCAGAUAGAGCACCCCUUCUUGUUGCUGCCUCAGAGCUCAUUUGGCUGACGUGUGCAUCUUCUUCACUGAAUGGUGAAGAGCUUGUCAGAGAUGGUGGAGUACCUCUUCUUGCAACUCUUCUUUCUCGUUGCAUGUGUGUAGUUCAGCCAACUACUCCUGCAACUGAAUCAUCUGCCAUUAUUGUUACAAAUGUGAUGCAAACAUUUUGUGUCUUAAGUCAAUUUGAGAGUGCCAGAAUUGAGAUGCUCAAGUUCGGUGGAUUGGUUGAGGACAUUGUGCAUUGUACUGAACUAGAGCUUGUGCCUGCAGCUGUUGAUGCUGCACUUCAAACUGCUGCACAUGUUUCUGUAUCAUCUGAAAUGCAGGAUGCGUUACUAAAAGCUGGUGUACUAUGGUAUCUUUUACCGUUGUUGCUUCAAUAUGACUCAACUGCAGAGGAAGCUGAAAUGACAGAGGCACAUGGUGUUGGUGCUAGUGUGCAAAUUGCUAAAAAUAUGCAUGCUGUUCGAGCAUCUCAAGCACUGUCAAAGCUCAGUGGUUUGUGUAAUGAUGAAAUUCUAACACCCUAUAAUAAGGGUGCAGCAGAUGCCAUUAGAGCUUUGCUAACUCCUAAGCUGGCCAAUAUGUUGAAAGACAAGUUACCCAAGGAUCUUUUGACUAGUUUGAACACAAAUAUAGAAUCCCCAGAGAUUAUUUGGAACUCUUCAACCCGAGCGGAACUACUGAAAUUUGUGGAUCAACAGCGUGCUAGUCAAGGUCCUGAUGGCUCGUAUGACUUGAAGGAGUCACAUGCCUUUAGAUAUCAAGCACUGUCAGAGGAACUUCAUGUUGGAAAUGUCUACCUUAGGGUAUACAAUGACCAACCUGAUUUUGAGAUAAGUGAACCGGAAGCUUUCUGUAUUGCACUCCUGGAAUUUAUAUCAGGUCUAGUGCACAAUCAAUGGGAUGCAGAUUUUGAUGUUCAGAACAAGUCUGAUCCAAGUGAUUCAGUCCCAGUCUCAUCUGAACAUCCUAAUGAUACAGUUAAUGAACAGCAUGCUCAUGAUGAUUCUUCAGUGAUCUCUGAUGUAGAAGUAACAAGGAAAAGUGAUCUUGAGCUGGCGAAGAACCUUAAAAUGGGAUUGACCUCUCUUCAGAAUUUACUGACAAGCAACCCAAAUCUGGCUUCAAUAUUUUCUAGUAAAGAACAGCUAGUACCUCUUUUUGAAUGUUUUUCUCAUGCAUCAGAAAGCAAUAUCUCUGAACUUUGCCUCCGUGUGCUUUCACUUUUGACGGCCCAUGCUCCGUGCUUGGAGGCUAUGGUGGCAGAUAGGACAAAUCUUCUAACUUUAUUACAGAUGCUGCAUUGUGCACCCACUUGUCGGGAAGGGGCUCUACAUGUUCUUUAUGCAUUGGCAGGCACCGCUGAGCUUGCUUGGGCUGCUGCCAAGCAUGGAGGUGUAGUUUACAUUCUUGAGCUUCUUUUGCCUUUGCAAGAAGAAAUUCCUCUACAACAAAGAGCAGCAGCUGCAUCCUUGUUGGGAAAACUUGUUGGACAACCAAUGCAUGGUCCUAGAGUGGCUAUAACACUAACUAGAUUUCUUCCAGAUGGUCUUGUCUCUGCUAUCAGGGAUGGACCCGGUGAGUCUGUAGUCACUGCCCUUGAGCAAACCACUGAAACACCGGAACUUGUUUGGACACCAGCAAUGGCAGCUUCUUUGUCUGCACAAAUUUCUACAAUGUCAUCAGACCUCUAUCGUGAGCAGAUGAAAGGACGUCUUAUUGAUUGGGAUGUGCCUGAGCAAGCAUCUGGGCAACAGGAAAUGAGAGAUGAACCACAGGUUGGUGGGAUUUAUGUAAGACUGUUCCUGAAAGAUCCUAAGUUUCCGUUGCGAAAUCCAAAGAGAUUCCUAGAAGGCCUAUUGGAUCAAUAUGUUUCGUCCAUUGCUGCUACACAUUAUGAUGUACAAGCUGUUGAGUCUGAGCUACCAUUGCUUCUCUCAGCUGCAUUAGUGUCUUUGUUACGAGUACACCCAGCUCUUGCUGAUCAUGUUGGGUAUCUUGGAUAUGUACCGAAACUAGUUGCUGCAAUGGCCCAUGAAGGAAGACGAGAAACGAUGGCCUCUGGGGAGACGAAGGAUGGUGAAAGAGUGGAUGAGAUUUAUGAAACUGAGGAUGGACAAAUUUCACCUAGUACACAAACCCCACAAGAACGUGUGCGACUUAGUUGCUUGCGUGUUCUACAUCAACUUGCGGCUAGUACAACUUGUGCGGAAGCUAUGGCUGCAACAAGUGUUGGGACUCCUCAGGUUGUUCCAUUGCUAAUGAAGGCAAUAGGGUGGCAAGGAGGGAGUAUACUAGCUCUUGAGACACUAAAACGUGUCGUUGUUGCAGGAAAUAGAGCUAGAGAUGCACUUGUUGCACAAGGACUGAAGGUUGGUCUUGUUGAAGUACUUCUUGGCCUUCUUGAUUGGAGGGCUGGAGGAAGGAAUGGAUUUUGCUCUGAAAUGAAGUGGAAUGAAUCUGAAGCUUCUAUCGGGCGUGUGUUGGCAAUAGAGGUCUUGCAUGCAUUUGCAACAGAAGGGGCUCAUUGUACUAAAGUUCGCGAUAUAUUAAAUGCUUCUGAUGUUUGGAGUGCAUACAAGGACCAGAAGCAUGACCUUUUCCUUCCUUCCAAUGCUCAAUCUGCUGCGGCUGGAGUUGCAGGUUUCAUUGAGAGUUCCUCAUCCAGACUCACCUAUGCGCUUACUGCCCCACCGGUUCAACCAGCUCUUGCGAGACUCCCUCCAUCAAUCACACCUGACUCAAAUGGCAAGCAUGAUCCGCUGCCACAAUAAAAGGCAUGAAGAAGGCCUUCUGCCACAACUGAGUAGCUACACGGCCUCAUUUUAUACCAUUUGUAUAGUAUACUGUACAGAUAGGGUUUUGUUUUUUGGCCCUUUGCUCUCUCUUUGUUUCCCUAUCUUUUAUAUUCUUUUACCUUUCCCUUUGGCAUUUAUAGGCUCCUCGAAUGGAAAUUUGAAAAGCAAAAGAAUGAGUUUUUUUAUUUCUUGUAAAGUGAAGGUUUUGUGUAUUAUAUGCGUCGACUGCUCUAAAUAAGUGAGGUGGUUUUGGGUGAAGUAAUGAGACUGCCAAGUUUUCCUCAUGAACGGCUUCAUUUUAUGCA